AUGCUGCUGCUGGGGGCCCCCCUUGUACUGCAGCGUGGGGAGCUGAAGCAGCAGAAGAGAAUGCAGCAGCAGCAGAUGCAGCAGCAGCUGCUGCAGCUGCAGCAGCAGCAGCAGCAGGAGGGGAUAGCAAAGGAGGGAGCGGUGCGGCGGGAGGGAACACAGCCUGCACCAGCAGCAACUGCAGCAGCAGCAGCAGCAGCAGCAGCAGCAGCAGCAGUGAGGCCUCAUGCUGCAGCAGCUGGGCUGUACGUAUAG